GGUUUAGGAUGUGACAGUUCAAGUAUCUGACAACUCAGUGGAGUAGUUCAACACCUGUCUCGGCUUCCCAUGCUCCUCUCUACAUUAAAAAAUUAUGACAUCAACAUCCAAAGGCAUUCUUCGUCCAUUUCUAAUCGUCUGCAUCAUCCUGGUCUGCUUCAUGGCAUGUCUGCUUAUUUACAUCAAGCCGACCAACAGCUGGGUCUUCAGUCCAAUGGAAUCUGCCAGUUCUGUCCUGAAAAUGAAAAAUUUCUUCUCCACAAAAACGGAUUAUUUUAACGAAACCACUAUUCUGGUUUGGGUGUGGCCGUUUGGGCAGACAUUUGACCUUACAUCCUGCCAAGCGAUGUUCAACAUCCACGGAUGCCAUCUCACGACAGACCGCUCACUGUACAACAAGUCCCACGCGGUCCUGAUACACCACAGAGACAUCAGCUGGGAUCUGACCAAUUUACCUCAGCAGGCGAGGCCACCCUUUCAGAAAUGGAUUUGGAUGAACUUAGAGUCACCCACUCAUACUCCCCAGAAGAGUGGGAUUGAGCACUUGUUCAACCUGACACUAACUUAUCGCCGUGAUUCAGAUAUUCAAGUGCCUUACGGCUUCUUGACGGUGAGCACAAAUCCCUUUGUGUUUGAAGUGCCAAACAAAGAGAAGCUGGUGUGCUGGGUUGUGAGUAACUGGAACCCCGAGCAUGCCAGGGUCAAGUAUUAUAAUGAGCUGAGCAAGAGUAUUGAAAUCCACACCUAUGGGCAAGCAUUUGGAGAAUACGUGAAUGACAAAAACUUGAUUCCCACUAUAUCUACUUGUAAAUUUUAUCUUUCUUUUGAAAAUUCAAUUCACAAAGAUUACAUCACAGAAAAGCUUUACAAUGCAUUUUUGGCGGGCUCAGUACCCGUUGUCUUGGGACCAUCUAGGGAAAACUAUGAGAAUUACAUUCCAGCUGAUUCAUUCAUUCAUGUGGAAGAUUAUAACUCUCCCAGUGAGCUGGCAAAAUACCUAAAGGAAGUUGACAAAAACAAUAAAUUGUACCUUAGUUACUUUAACUGGAGGAAGGAUUUCACUGUCAACCUCCCACGAUUCUGGGAAUCGCAUGCCUGCCUGGCUUGUGAUCACGUAAAAAGGCAUCAAGAAUAUAAGUCUGUUGGUAAUUUAGAGAAAUGGUUUUGGAAUUAAAGUUUUCAUAGUUUCACAUUUAGUGAAAUAUCUGAAUGUGACACCAUUCAAGUUCUGACGAUAAGAAGAGAAACACUUUGUUUUUACGUCACAGUUUAUUUUUUUCACGCUCCAUUGAGUAACAUGUAUAUUUUGAUGGAAAUUUUUAAGAGCUCAGAAUUAGUGAUCACUCCCUUUGGUUUUAAAUUAUCCUGUAUAUAUGUGAUAAUGAGCACUGGAAAUAAUUUAUUCUUCCUUCUUAUUUGUAAACAUUCUUUUUCACAUUUUAUAGUUGCCUGUAAAGUAAGGUUACGAUUCAAUUGUUUCUACACCAACCCGAUCUAUAAUCUGUUUGGGAAAUGGAAAAAUGCAUAUCCUAAAAUUUGAAAGAUUUUUACCAAGGAUUAUAAUGUCUAGAUUCUAGCUUGCAUAAUGUUAACAAAGAAGGAUUAGAGUAUCACUUAAUUCUUAAUCUCUUCGACUUCAGAGUUGAACACUGUGUAUAACUGAUGUUGCUUUUACCUGUUUACCACAUUUGUGAAGACGGACUUAUUCAUGUAGUAAAUAAGAAAGAUAUGAAGCAGAAAUGUUAUUAGACUUUAUAUUCAUUUUCAUUAAGUUGUUUUGCAAAUGCAGACUCUCAAUAUCUUAAAAUACCCAAGAAUUUGGAGACAUACAAUUUAUGUGAUAUUUUUAAUGCCUAAUAACAGCUAGGAGAAGCUUUGAUUGUCCCCUAUCAAAUCCUUAACAUUGCCAUUUUUGCAAAAAUAAGCAAUUUCCUCAUAAAACAAGUAAAAUGGUAUCUGCAAUACAGAUAAAAUACAUAAAUUGUGCCGUUUAUAUAAUUUUAAUUACGUUGUCCAUUUGAAAUAGUUUCCAAAGCAUCAAUAUUUACAAGUUGUAUUUUUUCCAUAUUCUGUAAUAAAUACAUGUAAAACUUGAAAGGUUUAAAACACCUAAACAAAAUUAUUACAAUUGGUAGAUAUAUCAUUAAAUAUAGUAAAGUGGGAACUUUCAAGGAACAGACAGUGCUAACACAGAAUAGGAUCUCAAUAUAUUUUUAUUAAAUAAAUUAACAGCAUUGAAAAAUCAUGGGUAAUUUUUCUUUGUUUCAAUAAAGGAACAGUUCUAGUCUAUGGCUAUUAAUUGAAAAUUAUCUUUUUAUUAUGUUUUUAAAACUAUUCAAGCAUAGCAUAUGUUAUGUUAUUCAGGGCUGUACAGAACCAGUAUAAGCUUAUUAUUGCACUGAAUUUGGGGGCUUGUUACCCAUGAACUUUCAGCUGCCUGCAGAAAUUCUCUUUUGAAAGUCUAGAGGAAGUAGACAGGAGUAUGCAGACAAAGUAGAUUAGGAAAAAAAAAGGCAGAUACCUAAGACUUUUACAGAAAAUUAUUCUCCAAAGGAUUCCUAAUGCUUGUGCUCUACUCUGCUCAAAACCUACAGGAAAUGUAAUGUUCUGAUGAAAUCCAAUUGGAUCUUUCGUGACUCACUAUAGGUUUCCCAUUAACUGUUACAAUCAACAGAAUUUACUCACUCUCUGUAUAGAUCCCAGGGAAAGAUAAAUUUUAGUUCAGUUAGCUGGUAGUUGUGUGCCCCGUGAGAAUGAGCUUUCCUGGCAUGGGAAGGAUUUGAACAAAUACUCCAGAAUUAAACAGAAAUUGGGGUUUCAUGUUCAUUUUUUUCAGAAAUAAUUAUACACAAGAUAAACACAACAACAUAACACAAAAAUAAAGAUGAAAACGUGUUGUCACUGCCUUAAAGGGGCUUGUAAAAGAGAGCUUCCUCUAAGUUCGAUUGUGUGCAACUCUUAAUGGAGAUUGUAUGAGUCAUUGUUCAUUUACUGAAAAAAAAAAACUACUAAUGAAUUUAUCCAAUUGUUUUGCUACUCAGCAUGUGUUGGAGCUGCAAGCUCUUUCCAUCAUUUGAUCUGACAUAUAUUUAUUUCUUCUGUCCACACAUUGUUUUAUGUAUAUGGAGGAAAAGUGCAUAUACAUGGGUACUGUCCUAAAAGCUCUACCAUAUAUUUAUUUGUUUAAAAGCUAAUUUCAGACAUUUAUAUUUAUUUGUUAUCUUUUUGAUCCAUAAAAUGUGGGUACCUAAAGAUGCAAUGCAAUGCUAAGCUUAGAAAGCAUUUUCUCUGAAAGGUGGAAAGCAUCUAAUGGUGUUUCCAUCCAUCAUUGCUAAACUGGACGCUGAGAGACCUGGAGGCACCUAGCUGUCUCUUCUGUUGACAGUGAAUUUGAGCUUAUUCUUGGAAUGAAACUACAAUAUAAAUGCCAGAAAUAUAAACCAAGCCAAGGCAACAAGUAUUUCAUUAGUGCAUCUGUACAUUGUAAGCCUAAUCCAAGCCAUAGAAAUGAGUUUUUCAAUUCCAAGGGAACAGUCAAUAGCCAGCUUUUUAAUUAGAGAAAAUCACAACAAUAUUCAUAAGCUAAACUCUUCUUUCUAUCUGAAUUAGUUAUAUAGAGAGCAUUAUUUUUUCAUGACAUAUGUUGAAAGUCAUUCAAACCCCACACAUAGUGAUAGUAGAGAUUAGAAUGUAAGGAUCCUAUUGCUGUUAAUCUCAUGUUUGUCUCCACCCCUUCUACAACUUAUUGUAUAUUUGUCCCAAUUCCUGCAAUGUGGAUAUCACAUUGGCAUGUAGGAUGAUAAGCUCUGGGACUUCACCUUUUGAAUAUAUAGUUAACAAAACUUUAAGUGUUGGCACUUUUUCUGAUUUGUUUUAGCAGCUGAUCAUUAGCAGGAAGAGUGAACUUUGCUAUGUGUAAGUGAAAAAUAACAACUGGAAAGAUCUGCCACUGGCCACUCAUAAAAAUUCCUGUGACUCACAGUUUUUUAAGGAUAUCUCAUGUGAAAGAUAGAUUGAUUCAAUCAACUUGGCUUGCGAUUGGUUAUAAUAAAGACACAUAAUAUGUCUGGGAAUAGACUAUGACUCUAAAAGGGCCAUGAACAAGUUUUCAUUCCAAGUGCAGAAAGUCUUUACAACCAGUGCUCUGAAUAUUUAAUUUGUUAAGUAUUGUAGGCUUUAUUAGUAAGAAUAUGUAAUUGAUUAAAGUUCUCUGAUAAGAACAUAUACUGAAUUAUCUAUAUCUAUCUGGAUCCAUAUUUGAAGAAGAAAAACCAUGACAGUCAUUUAUUUUAGGACAGCCAUGACUUCAUCUGAGGUAGAAACUAUGAAAAAAAUAAUCUUAGUGGGAAAAUAUCAACAACUUACUGUGAAAAGCAUAGCCCUAAAGUGUGUAAACCUGGGCUAAAAGCAUUGAUGUAUAAAAUGACUGUAGUACAAGACUGCCUAGACCCAAAUGAUCACAUAGAAACAAUAUUAGUUACAACACUGUUUGGCCAAUAACCCUAGCAUAUUACUAGCUAGCUCUUGCAUCUUUAAUUAACCCAUGUCUAUCAACCUAUGUAUCGCCAUGAGGCUGUGACCUACCUGUAAGAUUUCUAAGGUUACAACGCAUCCUCCUUCAGAAACUAUGUGGCAUCUCCCUGACUCCAUCUACUCUCUAUCUUUAUCUUCAUUCAGAUUUUAUGCCUGACUUCCCUCUGUUUAGCCAUUGCCCCAAACUCUUUUAUUCAUCAACCAAUAAAGCAACACAUACACAGAAUGACAUCACACAACAUAUGACAGAUUACUUAAGGAAUUAUUUCCUAAGUCUUUAAAUUCUUCUAAUUAGAGAUUAAAUAAAGGAGGAACAAAAACAGAAAAUAAAUUACUGAAACCUUUUUUAUUUACUGGUCUAUUUUCAGACUAGAUUUCAAGGCAGCUACUCACCCAGAAAAGUGAUUUGUGUGGAUUAAUGUUUCAUAAAGUUUAGCUCUCUGUAUUUUUACUUCAUGUCUAUCACCUGCCCUGUACUCUAAUCUCAAGGGAGGAAGUAUUAAAAUUUAUAGUCAAGCUGGUGAAUAGAACAGACAUUAGAAGCUAAAGGGUAAGUCAUUCCUGGUGAAGGACAGGUCACUAAUAAAUGCCUCAUCAAUGGUUACAUCAGUGAAAUUAGUGGACAUGAAAAAUACUUUUAAUGUAGUCAAAAUACCAGCUUCUUCCAGACAAAGGGAGAUAAUUUUUAUAUUAACUUUACUGUUCACAUUGCUCCCUGGAUAGAGAGAGUGAACUGUAUAAAUUCUUAUCAUGCUUUGAGAAUCCAGAAGAGGUGCAGGAGUUCCAGAGGUCCUGAAAACAAUUCCCAGAAAUCAGAAUGGUAACUCACAACCAUCUGUAAUAGGAUCUGAUGCCUUCUUCUGACAUGCAGGUAUGCACAUUGAGCACUAAUACAGAACAUAUAAAUAGAUAAAAUUUUAUAAAAGAACUCAAAAGAAAUAAAAUGCUAAAAAGAUUAAACUAUAUUUGGAACUUGUUGGUUCUAUUCUAUUUUAAUAUUAAUCACUCACCAGCUGUUUCUAAUAGAAAAUAGAUGGUAAUGUUAAUACCAUACAAAAUGAAGCACCAUGAUAAGCAAACAUGUAUUAUCAAACUGUGAGAAGAGAAAGCAGCUUUACCCUUCAUCCCUUGCUAAUUGCAUUUGUUGUACUGUGAAGGUACUGCAAACAUAAGUCAGUCAGGUGAUUUUCAACUGGGAACAUCUCUACCCCAGCAACUUUAUAACACUUUGAAAACGGGUAAGUUCUGUUCCUAUCUGAAGUGUGGUCCCGCUUUUUAAUUCAUGUUCAACCCAUCCAUAUUCAUAAGCAGUUAAUAGAGUCCAAAUGGGAGACACACUGCUAAACUAGAAAUAUAAGUAAUUCUACCCUAGGCAAUAAUUGCAACAAAUUGUAGCCAUGAGAAAGUCACUUAACCUCUCUGGACUACCAUGUCCGUAAGGAUUCCUUCAACACCCCUGCUCUUUAGUACAGGGCCUGAAUUUAUAUUUGCGUAAAUUUAAAUUCCAAAUUUUAUUGCCCAUCUAGAAAUAUUUUGGAAGUUAAUGCUCCAAAUAGAAUUCCUUUUUAUUUCUCUACAGCAAUAUAUAAGUAUUUAAAGCAUGAAACUGGUUACUUUAAUGAUGGAAAGAAUAUAAUCUUGUUUCUUUAUUGAAGCUUACAAUGUAGCAAGUGCUCAAUUAACUAAUCUCUCUCCUGUAUUCCCUUCCUCUUAGGUCCUUUGUAACAUACUGCACUCUGAGAAUUUGAUUGCCUGUAGAAAAUCAACCAUAUAUUGAACUCUAUUCUAAAAUAAUUCAGAUUCUUCCUGUAAUAUUAAAAUUCUUACUAUAAUAAAACUAUUUAUUGAUGCAAAACUCAGGAAGUCAGUUUAAGCUCCUCAGGCAUUUCAUCAUCAACAGGAAUAGACAGUUUGAUUGUAUAAGACUGUGAGCAUAAAUUUAGAAAUUUUAUUCUUUUAACCCAUAACUAAUUAAUCGUCACUACGUCAUGUGAUCUAGAGUUUGUAAGAGACAUUUGCUAAUAAUAUGACAACUGGUCCCUGUUUUAGGCAAUUGGAAUCUUUUCAACUUAGAAUAAAAAAGAAUGAAAAAGGGAGGAACCAUGCUAUUAGGACCCUGUGCCUGACGGACAUCUACCUUGGGGACUCCCUACUACUAUAUAGCAUUAAUGCCCCAUGUCUAUAUUUUUAAUAACUCCCUAGAAGAUUCUGGCAUGUUGCCAGUUUUAACAGUCUGUAUUCUGCUUAUUAAAUAGAAAUCAUUCUAUAUUCAAACAAUGCAUGAAAUACUGCUCACUUGCAAUCUUCUUAAAUAUAAUGAUAUGUAUUACUAUAUUUCAUAACUCAAGAUGUUCCUCAUACCUAAUUAUGCCUUACACAGUUGUACCGCUCUUCAGCUAAUCCUGUGAUUUAGGGCAAACAAUUUACCAUUCCCAGCUAUAAACCUGGAGAAUUUUUUUUCAUUCUCUCCUUUAGUUUUUCAAUGCAGUUUUUUUUUUCAGCACAAAACCAAGAGCAGACAGUUAUUAGAAUCUCUUGCAGCCAACAAGCCAUCGUACAUGCCUGAGCACUUGCUUUGCUGGGUUUCAGCAGUCUGUGUGAUAGUUAGGAUAUGACAGUCAAUUAUAACAUUGUAGACUGUCCACAAUCAUGAAUUCACAAUUAAAUGCAAGUUAUGUUAUUCACUAGCUGUGCUUGAGCUCUUUGCCUCUGUUAACUCUCAGAUUUUUAUAGCUAUCAUAACCUAUAGCCUAUCUUGAAAACAAAUGAAUGAAUAACUUAAAAUAAUAGACAAUGAUAUAUACAUAUAUUUAAGUGUAUGUGUGUGUGUUCUACCUUUAAUAUAUCCCUCAGUUGUGAAAGAGGGUAAGAAGAAUCUGGAACAUAUCAAAAUUUCAGUUCUAACAUCUGUUGAUGUUAAGCUGGCAGUUCACAAGAAUUGCUGAAAAUUUUAAAAAGCCAAAGGGUAAAUAUCCAAUAGAAGAGAUAUGCACAAACGCAGUGUAGAAGCAUACAGUAACAUCUACUGAAAUUAAAGAGUACAGAAAGGGUCACUGGGUGGUGGCAGUGAUGGAUGGACACAGUUUGCCUCACUAAGCACAUAGACUAUCUCCUAAAAUAAGCAGACCUUAUUUUUUCUUCACUGUUUUGAGAAAUCAUUAAAUUAAUGUUAAUUUGUCUCUUUAGAAGGUCAUGCAGCUGAAGUUCAAGGAUAGAAUAGCAGAAGUAGUCUCAAGUAUAGUUUUCUGGUGAGUAAAUCACUCAUAGAAAUGUCUAACAACCUGCCUGAAUGUUCCACAUCAACCGUGGCUUAGGCACAGAACGAAGUAAGGGCAAUAUGCAAGAGAACCCAGCCUCCUUUUACCGUUCCCAAAGAUUACCGAAAAUGUAAAAGUCAAAAUGUUAAGAUAGAAACUCAUUAAACAGAAAUUAAUUUGUUCAGUGGUGCAGAAAUGAAAUAAUUUAGUCAGGCUGUGAUUAAGUCCCUACAAAUUGCAUGAUAAAUAGGAGUUUGACAUGAACAAUCACAACUGUGCAUAUAUAUAUAUAUAUAUAUAUAUAUAUAUAUAUAUAUGUAAAAUUUUUAAAUUGAAUGAAUGGCCCAAAAAGAUACACUUAAGGAAAAUUUUCAUAUGAAAAUAGAGUGAUAUUGAAAAUAUUAUGUUAAUUAUCUUUUAAUUGUGUUUCCUUAAGAGAUACUAGAAAUAUUAUAUCUUAAAAGAAAGCCUAAAAGAUUGAAUUGGUUUACUGAAUUCUCUGGCAAAUGAAUAUUUUUAAUUAGUUGAAUAUGUAAUGAACAAUAAGAGGUGACUAGAGCUAUUAUUGUGGUAAACACAGUAAAAAAAAAAAGGGGAUUACAGGUGAUUUCUAUAUAAUCUAAAAUUGGAGAAGCAUGUUAAGCUAACUUUUCCACACAUGAUUGAAUUUCAUUUUGAUUAAUGAGGGCAUAGCGGCUAGAUAAGCAGGCUUGGAAAAAAAUAGUUUACAAAGACUCGAUUAACAUUCUGGACCCAGGACUACUUAUUAUGCAACAAAUGGAUGCAAGUAAAAAUGCAUCACCCUGUUUCAAACUGCCCUCACUAUCUCCCUUCAGGCUAGAGUUGAGACAAUUCUAGAGAUGACAUCCUUGUCAAUGUGAGAUCACCAAAGGAAUGUACAAGUGGAUUAGGAUAUUAUGUAUCUCCAUGGACUAUGACGAGAUCUGAGUUCAGACUAAUUGAUGGUCUACAUAAAUCUGGUAACCACCUACUUUAUAAGAAGGCACAAUUUAACACAGAUUCUAGUGCACUGUUUUUAAAAACGAAUCAAGGAACAUGCUUUUUUUUCCAUUUCUUUCUCUAUUUCUUAAAAUCACAUGUGAUAGGAGUCCAGUUGUUUUAUAUUAUUCCCUAGGAAUCAAAGCAGGUGUUGUGGGGGUGAAAGGUAAAAGAGAACACUCCAUUUCAUAAAUGCUCUGAGUAUACUUUUGGAAAUAAGUUAUCUUAUCAGUAGUAAUGUGAUUUAUUCUGUAUCUAUACCAGCAUGAGAGAAAAUAGUGUUUUUUAACAACACAAAAUAAGGAGUUUAACAAGUCUAAAUUUAGACCCAGGUUUACAUGAUUCAGAGAGAAGAGAGUAUCAAGAAGAAACAAGAAAAUGUGAAGUAAACUCAUGAUCAAAGUCCAUUUUAUCUUUUAGCAACUAUAGUGUAAUUUGCUAGUAUUUCUGAGCCACGGGUUCCUCGUUUGUUAUCCAAAGGUGAUAGACUGUCAUUAGAUUCACCUAAGAAACUCUUGAUAAACAUGGACAUUGGUCAGAAAUCCUGAUCAGAAAUAUGGGCUACCAUAUACUCUAGACUUUUCCUCCAUGCUUUCUUCCAGGUGACUAUGUUCUAUAACUGGUAGGAAAGGGGCAGACCAUUCCAUAUAAAGCUUGGAAUAAAGUACUGCUAAAGAAAAAUGCUAUAGUGAAGAUCCAGAAAGGAAGAACAGAGUAUGUGCCUACCACCUUGAUUUGGGUCAAGGUUGCCAUAUAAACCAUAGUCGAUGCUUGCCUUGAGUAGUUAAAGUCAUUUUCAUAAAGGGACUCAUACUCAAGAAACGAAGGGCAAAGCAAUCACACUAAAACAAAAUGUGCCAAUUCUUUCAGUAUGUAAAUUCUAAGGACCAGUAAGCCCUAAACGACUUUAAAAGCAAUUAUAUGUUUUAUUAUUGUACUGCAAUUUGCACUACGAUAUUGUCAUGUUCAAGCAAAUUUAAAAUGCUCUCUAAUGCCAAAUGUGUAGAUCAUAGGUUCAUGUUAUUUCUUAUAAAAAUUACAUUGCAUUGUGCCAGUUGUUUAAUGCUAUUAACUUUCCCUGGGUGUGUUAUUAUGAUGCAGAACCAACAGGGUUGUUGUAAGCACACUAAUUAGUCAUCUAGGAUUUUAUAGAUAAAAAAUCAUACAUUGAUCAGAAAUCACUUUUUUACUUAUUUUUUUGUAGAGUAUUUUUCCACACUUGAAAUAACAUGAUUAUUUUAUAUCAGACAUCAGUUUUUCUUUGAAAUAUUAUUUUAGUAGCCAAUGCAUGUUUGAAAUAAGAUGUUAAAUAUUGUGAUAAUAUUAAGGUUGUGUUUGUAAGUGGAACAUAUGCAUGCUAUAAUGAACCAUGCAAGCUUUGUCUUAAUCUGUGUGCAUGAUCUGCAUUCUUUCAAGAGUCCUUUUGCAAUAUUUACAUAGUGAACUGUGAGUCUUAGAGCUGACAAGCCCCUGUGACAAGGCAGAAUACUGUCCUGCUUUAGUUUUUCUUCCAACUUUGCAUUAUAGUGUUAUAAAUUUUCCCAAAAAGUCUUGUUCUUGGGGUUUUCAGCAAUUAACUACAAAAAAUAAAAUUAUUUGCUGGCAAAUCUUCCAAGUGGCAGCAUAGAAAGUUAAAGUUUCUAGCAUGAACAUGUGAAAAAGUAAUUGUACAAUGUUCCAUUAUAUGAAUACAAUAUUCUGGCAGCUCUUUGGAUAAUCAAGGAAAGCUUAUCAUUUUUUGAAACACUGCCAAAUCAGUACUACUGCCAAAAAGGAGAAACACUAAGUUAGACCUGCAUUAUACUUGAGCAAUAACGGACUAUCCAGACUACAACCAACUGGUACAACAGAGAUGGGAGAAUGGUAGACCAAAUCUUUUGUUUCUCGGUAAUUUGCAAAAUGUAGAAGGAGUUUGAAUUUUGGCAGCAGAGACACGCCUUUACAUGCUGAAAGAUCACAGCUCUCUCUGAAAACAAAAGUCCUUUUGGAAAGGAUGUGCUGAGGCAUUUUGUUUGUUUGGUCUGAUUUAUUUUAGGGGGAAAAAAAACAUGUGUUUUUGAAAGGCCUUAUUUUAGGCAAGUAAUAUGAGUAGACCAACCUCUCCCUCUCCAUAAUGAGCAGUCAUUUAUCAUAACAUAUAAUGGGUGGAAUAUAGCUUUCAGUAAUUCCAACUACCAGUAUAAACUUUCACCAUGUUGGAAGGUGAUUUCCUGUUAUGUUAACAAAGCAAAGAAAUCCUAGUAAUAUGUGUAUUUGCUUAUUUAUUUAUUUACAGCAGAUUGUUUCUUUCAAGUCUAAUUUUAACAGCACCAAUGAAGUUAAUAUAACGCUAAGAAAACUGACUCUAGUUACUAUUCCAAGUCAAAAUCCUGAGGUUGAGUCCCUCUGUAGUCCAAAAGUAAAGCAUUGACUCAAGUGAUGAACAGACCUCCUGUUCCACCACAGAGAGGAUGACUUUGUCAGUCAUGGCAUCAUAAGUGUGAGCAACCUGUCCUGUCACAGAAGGGAUGACUAUAUCAUUCAUUCAUGAUAUUGCAGGAGUAUGAAAAGAUGAAUAUGCCAUUUACAAUACUGUAGGUGUGUAACACUCAGCAAGCAUCUGAUCUGGUCUCGUAGUUUGAUACCGCAUGCAUCCUUUCAUUGAAUUCACCUGUAAAUAACAACACUUUGUGGCAGCUAAGUAAAUAUUUAAUAAGCCAUGAAAGGCAUGAUGUCAUAGGAAAUCUGUACUUUCAGCUGUUUGGAGAAAUUGUACUUUCCAUAAAAUAAACCGGAGCUGCCAUUUGAAAUUUUCUUCCCUUAAAAUAUGUCAUUACCAUGUAUGUUCCUGAUCAUUGAUGCCUUUUCAGGCAUAUAACUCUUAUGAUGUGAUUGCUACAAUUUUGUGAAAUUCUGUUUAGUAAUUAAUGGUUUUCAUAAUCUGCACAAAGAUUCCAAUGCGGAAAAAUAAAUGUGUAAAGAAUUUGAGCCUGUAUGUAAGAAGUCUCUUACAUCACAUUUACGAUAUUCAGUGUAAAUACCUCACUGAUUUGACACUGGAGUUAUUAGAUGUGUAAAUAAUGAUGUUCUGUUUGGGCCUAAUUAAUUCCUGUAAUGUGAAUAUUUAAAAUAAAAUAAUUCAAUUUAAAUGUAUAAUA